CGAACACUGCUCAUACUCGUGUGCACAGGGACGUAGGGUUCCACAUACCAGCACUUGACUGUGUCUGGGUCUGGCGCACAGCCGUUCAGCUCCGUAUAUGUAGGGGCGUGCUGGAGACUUCAGUAAUACUUCCAAGUCGAACGCUUCUGCAACGACUGACCCCGACAGUCUCCUCAUUGGACUUACCUCCUACGAGCAACAUCCCCGUCUACGAUGCGUGGUGUCAAACUCUACGUACACUCGACAGCGGGCCAUACUCGCCUUCCCAUCGACCUAGAGGCAGGAGAGACGACGCCAUGUCCUCCACAAUACUCUGCACUUCCGAUGGGCGAGCAAUUACCAUUGCUCGCGGUCCAUGGAAUGCCUAGACCUCACCCACCGACUCCUGUGGAGUGGUACGUGUGGGGUAAUACCCCUCCGCCUUCGCCGGAAUGGGGCUAUCCUAAUGCAACCAGCCCCCCUUCACCAGCAUCCCCCUCCCCGACGGAUGUACUGGUACCGGCGAAACCACACCACGCUUCCCGGAAGGCAGAUUGGGGCACCGUCGUCAGCCUCGCCGCGGAGUACACCACCACAGGCAUAGCCUAUAUCACCAUCUGCUGCCUGUGGGAGAGCCUCUGCGUCCUCGUCGGCGGGGUCAUUCUCUCCUCGCAGGAGCCCUACGCGACCCAUUCGGACGGGAUCGUCGACACGGGUGUGCUCGGCACGACAGUCAUCGCAGCGGCGUGCUUUACGGCGAGCUGGGUGUUCCUCAAGCUCGAGGCGCGAUACGAGAUCGCGCGGGGCUUGGUACUCCAGGACGUGGUCCAGGGGGUGGAGAUACCGGGGCUUGAGCUCGAGGAGCUCGUUUGGCCGCUGCAGCGGUAUGGCGCGUCGGUCACUGAAUUUGCGAUCUUGAUUGCAGUUCUUGGAGGAGGCAUUUUUGGGUCAGCGUUGGGUACGUGGAUGUCGGUCGGGAAGGGCGAGCUCGUGGAGGGCGGGAUCAAUGUGGUGCAUGCGCUGAAGUGUGGUGCAGUAGGAACUGGAGGCGUCAUCGUGAUCAUUGCCAUUGUCUUUGGACUCUGCUCGUUGUAUCCCUGGCACGUUUGGUGUUGUCUAUGCUGUUACAACGAACAGAACAGGCUCGGACGUGUCUCGCACUAGUAACACACCAAGGGAUGUCCCAUACCCUCAUCGCAUGUGUAUGCAAGGUUGUCGGUUUUGAUGAGGAUCUAAGAUAAUAGCGUAGUGAACGUCGGGUCUCGGAUGUAUGUUAGUCUG